AUGCAUUUGGCGGUUGGCCGUGCGACUUCCAGGGACGUGUGGCUGUCCAUCACUGCCGCGCUUGGCUCAUCAACGCGUGCCCGGUGUCUAAACCUUCUCGGUCAAUUCCAAUCUCUCCGACAAGGAGACAGUUCGGCGGCCGAGUACUUGGGUCGUGCGCAGCUUCUGGUCGAACAACUCUCGCAAGCAGGUAGGCCUAUGUCCCUCGAUGAACAAAAUUUAUAUGUGUUCAGGGGAUUGAUUCCGGAAUUCAGAGCGGUGGCGGCGUCUCUCACGGUUACGGGAUCGCCGGUGACCAUCCCUCAACUCGCGGACUUCCUCCAGGCGCAGGAGUUCAUCUACGCAGAUGAGUUUCUCCCGGUCGAUCAGCAUCGGAACUCCUCUCCAGUCGCCAUGUACGCCGGGCAGGGCCAGAACCGCCGGCAGAACAGCAAUGGCGGUGGCCGUGGGCAGCAUCGCGGACGCGGGCAGAACAGAGGACGCGGCGGCCGGGGGCAGAAUCGCGGCGGUGGUGGUGGUUCCCCUCGCUGUCAGAUAUGCAGGUGUCAUGGGCAUACCGCCGUGUAUUUCUCCAAGAGAUACAACACCCAGCCGCCGGCACCAUCGCAGGCCCACGUUGCGACCACCGGAGACGACGGGGCAGGUUCUGCGUUGGAGACGUGGUUCCCGGACACCGGUGCAACUGCACACGCCACACCGGAUUCCGGGAUGAUCGACCAGGCCGAGGAGUACACCAGAGGCGAUGUCCUUCGGGUUGGAAAUGGUACAGGUUUGGGAAUUUCCUCUGUUGGACAUGCAUUUAUUCCGUCGGUUUCUAAAAAUUUAAAACUCUCAAAUAUUCUGCAUGUCCCGAAAUUGUCUGUUCCCCUUCUUUCUGUUCAUCGUUUUACAAGUGAUAAUGCAGUGUUCUUUGAAUUUCACAAUACUUAUUUUGUUGUUAAGGAUUCAAUUACCAAGGAGUCACCACAAGUCGUUCCAGUUCGUCUGAAUUACGUUCCGCUUGCCAACUCGGCAAAUCUUCCCGAUUCCCAUUAG